AGGACUGCGCGGCGGGCGCACGGGGCAGUCGGGGCGCAGGUGGCAGGGCGCGCGGCCAGCCGGCCCCGGGCGCCGGAAUCCGGCGCGGCCGAGCGGGGAAGGGCGCCGCGCCCACCGCAGCCUACAGCCUGCCCGGGACCUCGGGGCGCCCAUGACGGCGGCGGCGACGGUGCUCAAGGAGGGCGUGCUGGAGAAGCGCAGCGGCGGGCUGCUGCAGCUGUGGAAGCGGAAGCGCUGUGUGCUCACCGAGCGCGGGCUGCAGCUCUUCGAGGCCAAGGGCACGGGCGGCCGGCCCAAGGAGCUCAGCUUCGCCCGCAUCAAGGCCGUGGAAUGCGUGGAGAGCACCGGGCGCCACAUCUACUUCACGCUGGUGACCGAGGGCGGCGGCGAGAUCGACUUCCGCUGCCCCCUCGAGGAUCCUGGCUGGAACGCCCAGAUCACCCUGGGCCUGGUCAAGUUCAAGAACCAGCAGGCCAUCCAGACAGUGCGGGCCAGGCAGAGCCUCGGGGCUGGGACCCUUGUGUCCUAAACCGCCCCCGCCCCCGGCUUACCAUCUUACCCUCACGCUGCGCACCCUCCCCACCACGUGGGUCCCAGAUGUCAAGUCAGCUCUCCUGCCCCUUUUGGCUCAUGGGGCAUGACUCUGCUCCCUGCGUCGAGGCAGAAGCCGUGGUCAUGUGGAGGAGGCGUUGGAGCUGAAGGAAUGGACAGGGCCCAGGGAGGAGGGCAGAAGGCCACGUGGGGCUGAGGAUGAAGAUUCAGCCCCUGGACACUCUGAGACUCUCAGGACAUUCCCACCUCAGGGCUUUGUAGCCACAGGCCUGACUUGUAUCUCACGAUGGAGCGCGGGCAUCAAAGCAUCCUCUGCCCAGCGGCCCUGUCAUCCGUCCUGCAGACUGCUGGUAGUCCCCAGCUUGGUGUCAUGCCUGGAGGAGGACAUUUCCCCGUGGGGUGCCCAGCCAGCGCCUCAGGACUCAGAAGGCCAGCCUGGUACCCAGAGGGGGAACCACCCUGGCAUCACCUCUGGACUCACCUUGGUGGGAGGGAGCUGACCGGCCCCGAGGCCCACGCGUGGGGGUCUCCUGCUGCUUAGGUCCUUCUGGGACCCCCACCCAUCCAGGCCUUCUCUUUGCACACUUCUUCUUCCCCCACCUCCUGCCCAUCUUCCCCCCACUGUGGUGCUAGGCCUGGAGGUGUGGGGGUGGGGUGGGGGUUUGACCAUUACCAUUUCAUGCCUAUCCCAAAAUGAAGAUGCCCUACAAAGGGCAGUGACCACACUGUUUGCCGAGUGGAAUUCUUUGCCCACAAAGACCCCAGUGCUUGGAAGUUCCCUCUCCCACCCCCGCUUUCCCAUUCCACAGCCCAUUCAGAAAUCUCCAGCCUAGGGAGGGGGAGACAUGGCAACCUCAGGAGGCAUGACCUCGGUGGUCCUAGGAAGGAGGGACCGUCAGGACUAAGGGAUGUCAUACGGGCCAGCUCGGCCUCUGUCGAUCUUCUCCAGAAGGCCGUGCCACCCCUGCCAUCCUGGGAGCUGGCUCAGCGUUCUGGACAGGGCUUAUCUCCCUGUCGUUUAUAUACUCAGGCUUUAUACAUUUGUACGUUUGUGCAUAAGUACUCCUCGUGGGGCGGUUUAGGAGGAAUAAUUUCAGCGCAUGAGAACCUGAGAGUUACAGAGAGCUAGCUGCCUGAGUUAUACAGAAACUAUUAAUCGGGUAACCCUCGAGAUCUUUCCAUGUUGUGGCCAGCAGUUUAGGCUGCCCUCCCUUCCUCCGUGGUCCACCGCGUGUGGCCUUCCCUGUGGCAAAGCAGUGCCCUACUCCAGAGUCUCCAGAAGGAACAAGGAGGCUGCGUGGCCCCCUUCAACAACUGGAAGUCUCUUUCAUAACCUCUGUGCUUCCAACCUGCUUUGUUCCCCCAUCAAAUUUCUCCUGUUGUCGAACCAAAACCUCCUUGCCCUAUGUCCCAGUAACUCAGAGUCCUCGGGAGCAUCUUUCUCAUCUGCUACAUGAAUGACAUCUCACAAUUGAAAAAGAACUUAAAAUUACCAAGGAAUUUUUUUUUUACAAAUAUCUCAGUUAUUACCUCAUUAGGCUUUAUACCCGUCUCAUGAAUAGCUUGAUCCCAGAGUGGCAAAGAAGCAUCAUCUUCCAUGCCAACCCUGAGCAGUGCUGAGAAAGAUCUGGGCUCCCCAGCGUGCUGUGAUCGAUUGGUGAUGUCUGCCAUGGGCUGGGGAAA